CAUUACUAUUAAUACAGUAAGGAAAAGCUUAAUACAAAGCAUAAGGAAGUUGUCAUUUAUCACUUAUUUUUUUUCCCCUUGCCAAUUGACACCAUGAGGAGCAAGAAAGCUGCUUUCCUUAUGAUCCUUCCUCAUCCUCUUCCCAAUUGGCUUCUUCUUCUUCUACUCAGCAUCAUGAUGUGCCCUACUUGUAUAAAAGGAUCAUAUGAUCAACAAAAGAAUUUUUACAUUGUGUUCUUGGGAGAUAAUCCGGUGAAUGAAAACUCUGCGGCUCAGACUCACUUGAAUCUCCUCUCCUCCAUCAAAGGAAGCUAUGUUGAAGCUAAGGAGUCCAUGGUCCACAGCUACACAAAGAGCUUCAAUGCUUUUGCUGCAAAGCUUUCUUCUGAUGAAGCCAAUAAUUUAUCGGGAAUGGAGCAAGUGUUGUCUGUAAUUCCGAAUAAAUAUCACAAGCUUCAUACAACAAGAUCAUGGGAUUUCAUUGGUUUGCCUCUAACAGCUAGAAGAAAUUUGCAGACUGAAAGUAAUAUUGUUGUGGCUCUUUUUGAUACAGGAAUCACUCCAGACUCCGACAGUUUUAAGGAUGAUGGGUUUGGGCCUCCACCAGCAAAAUGGAAAGGAAGUUGUGGUCCCUUUGCUAAUUUCUCAGGAUGUAACAACAAGCUUAUCGGAGCAAAGUACUUCAAGCUAGAUGGGAUUCCAGAUCCAAAUGAUGUCUUAUCUCCUUUGGAUACGGACGGCCAUGGAACUCACACUUCAUCAACCCUUGCAGGAAACCUUGUCCCAAACGCCAGCCUCUUUGGCCUUGCCAAAGGGACUUCACGUGGGGCAGUGCCCUCUGCAAGGAUAGCCAUGUACAAAGUGUGUUGGGAAAGAAGUGGAUGCUCUGACAUGGACAUUCUCGCCGCUUACGACGCCGCCAUACACGACGGUGUUGAUGUGAUAUCCAUUUCAAUUGGUGGGGGAUCGUCAGAGUUUACGACCGACCCCAUUGCUGUGGGUGCAUUUCAUGCCUUGAAGAGGGGUAUCAUCACCUUGGCUUCCGCUGGGAAUGAUGGACCUAGUUUGGGGGGUGUUGCUAAUUAUGCACCUUGGUUGGUGACUGUGGCGGCUAGUGGCAUUGAUAGAGCUUUUAAGAGCACAGUCACGUUGGGCAGUGGACUAAAUAUCACGGGUGUUGGAGUAAACACGUUCGAUCCGAAACAAAAUUUGUACCCUCUUGUUAAUGGAGCUGAUAUACCCUCCAGCUCCGGGAGCAAAGAAACUGCUAGGUAUUGUGUUCAGGACUCAUUAGACCCUAAGAAGGUAAAAGGGAAGCUUGUUCUCUGCCAGCUUUCAACAUGGGGAAUUGAUUCAGUGGUUAAAAGAAUAGGAGGGGCUGGCAUAAUCGUUGAAUCUGAACAAUUUCUUGAUGCUGCUCAAAUUUUCAUGGCUCCAGGAACCAUAGUCAAUUCCACCAUUGCCGAUACCAUUGAUAAAUAUAUACAUUCCACCAGAUCAGCAUCAGCUGUGAUAUACAAGUCUCAUGAUGUACAAGCAAGAGCUCCAUUUGUUGCUUCGUUUUCAUCCCGGGGUCCAAACCCAGGAUCACAACGCCUACUUAAGCCUGACAUUGCAGCACCUGGAGUAAACAUAUUGGCAUCAUACACUCUUUUGAAGUCACUGACUGGGUUGGCAGGUGACACCCAAUUCUCUAAAUUUACACUCAUGUCUGGAACUUCCAUGUCUUGUCCACAUGUUGCUGGUAUUGCUGCCUACAUUAAAUCAUUCCACCCUAAUUGGUCUCCUGCUGCCAUUAGGUCUGCCAUCAUCACCACAGCAAAACCAAUGAGCCGGAGGGUGAACAGUGAAGGAGAGUUUGGCUACGGUGCUGGCCUAGUGAAUCCAAGAAAAGCAGUGAACCCUGGCUUGGUCUACGAAGCCAACGAGAUGUCGUACAUUCAAUUCCUAUGCCAUGAAGGUUAUGGAGGUUCUCUGGAUCCUCUGGUCGGUUCCAAAUCCGUAAACUGUUCCUCCAUUGUUCCGGGACUCGGUUACGACGCUCUCAACUAUCCCACAUUCCAGCUUAGCUUGAAAACCACCAGACAGACGACUGUUGCUGUUUUCCGACGAACCGUCACCAAUGUUGGAGCUGCUGUAUCCGUUUACAAGGCCACAGUUAGAGCUCCUACAGGAGUUGAAAUUACUGUUCAACCCUCGGUUCUGUCAUUCACUCGGAAAUUGCAGAAGAGGAGCUUCAAGGUGAUUGUGAAGGCAAAGCCCAUGCCGAGUUUGACGAUGGUUUCUGGCUCUUUGGUAUGGAUGGGUCUGCAACGUACUGUUAGGAGUCCUAUUGUUGUUUAUAUGCCUUCUGCAUAAUAAUAAUAAUAAUAAUAAUCAUAAUAAUAAUAAUAAUAAUAAUAAUAAUGUUAUAGUGUUGGAUAUUAGAAUUAUUAAUGCAUUAAAUUUAUAUAUA